AUGGUUUUUCAAGUACUCCGCUGGUAUGAACGCCGAAAGGUUCCCUGCGCAGGCACUCAUCGUUACUUUUUCAAUCCUGUCUUUCUUGAUCAACACUUUGAAAAAUAUGCUCAUUUGAAACUAGAAAAAGUUGAAAAAGAGAAUGGUGUCAAGUAUAUUGAAAGUUUGGGGAGUUAUUUGUGCCAAUACGAGGAGAAUCUAAGUCCUCUCGUAAAAUAUUUGUUCGAUGGUGGAGAGAAACCCAGAGCCAAAGAUAUUUUGGAUGCUUGUAAACUCGAUCCUGAAUUUUCCCACUUUGCUCUAUCUGAUUUGUGUUUAAUCCUAUCUCAGGUAGGGGAAGCAAAAGCGUUUUUGGAUGAUCAUGAACUUGAGAGUGAUUUAAUGAACACACUGUUCUACAACACUGAAGAAUUAUCUCUCCAAGAUGCUAUUUACGAGUAUCUGAUUCAUAUAAACUUGAACCCGUCAGCAUACGCGAAAAAAGAGCAAACGGUUAUUUCUAAAGCUAUUUGCGAAUUGAUGGGCUUACCUAGUAGUAGGACCAAUGGGGUUCUAACGCUUAUUCAAAUAGGGUUGACAAUCGAUGCUUACAUUUUAUCAGCUGUCUUGUGCUCUAGCACAACACAUUCAGUCAUCAAAGGAUUUAUUGAAAAUAACUUGCCAACUUACUUCCCCAGCAUGAAAUUCUUGAACUUAGCGAAUACAUUGGAGUAUGAGAAAGUUUGUGAAAUGUUCGAUUACCCCACACUGUCUGUUACCGAUCCGGUUUUGGUAUAUCGGUAUAUUCGAAACGCUUUGGCCCAGCUCGAAAGGGAGAAUGUUGAUCUGAAACGGAAAAUUUCCGGAAGAAUGCUGUUAUCUAAUUUACUUCAGAGCACUUUAUUGUUUUCUCUUCUAAAGAAAAAUUCAGCAGAAGUUAUAUCCAUGUUGGACGAUUUCUGGUUUCACGUGCCAGAUAAUGUAUUGAGUGAUAUGUUCGCCAAUAUGGAACGCGUGUUCUUUUGUCAAGCUUUCAAAAUCCUUGCUGACAUUGUUGAUAUUCUGGAUUAUCAUUCAAAGAAUGCAGUUCGCAUCUCGAGAAACGAGUACUCUGGUUCUCUGAGCGCUCUGAUUUUAUCGUGGUUACAACAAGGAUGGACAGUCCAGGAUUCUAAUAAUAAUAAUAAUGAUAAUAACAUGGUUUCAAGCUAUACGUCAAUCUACUCGAAAUUUCUCUCAAUUAUUCAAGAUAGCAAGUUGAAGUUUUGUAUAAUGCUAGCUCAGAGUCUUGUGCGUUAUGAAGCCUUCUCUUUCAAGGAUGAGUUAUCAGCAGCUUUCAAAACAGACGAAACCGAGAGAAAUUAUGUUUAUAACAUGUUGAAAAAGAGUCUCUCGACUGACGUCCAGGAUCCAAAAUUAAGAAGUGUUCUAUCUAAAAUUGAAUCUCUAUUGUUCGUUUAA